AUGCUGGCAACAAACGACGUGGAUUCGGAUAUAAUUCAAAGAUUUGAAAGGAUUCGAAACCACAAAAAUAUUCAGGGUAUAAUUCUAGUAAACGAAGAGGGUAAUCCCGUUCGAUCAAGCUUGGAUACCUCUACAUCGCUACAUUACUCAAGGCAUGCAAACGAAUUAAAAGCAAUAUCGCAAGAUAUUGUUCGUGAUCUAAAUCCGGAUGAUGAACUAACCGUUUUGCGACUGAGAACAGAACAUAAUGAAAUAAUGAUGUUGCCAAAUAAAGAACAAAUGGUAGUAUGUAUCCAAGCUUGCGAAAAGAACAUGGAAACCGAAGAACUGUAA